AUGCAUGGUGAACAGGAUGGCAGCUCUUCUAAUGUCAGGGACUUCUUUAAGAGGCCCGAGAACGAAGAUACUUUGCAUUAUUUGAAACGUCAACAUCAGGAACAAAUGAAGAGAAUGGAUGAAUUGGAGGCAAGCAGUUCUGUGGUCUCGCCGUUGAAACCUACAACAAAUAUAUAUGGGGGGUCAAAUAAGCCAAGUGGUGCUGCUGGUGCUGCUGCUACUGUCAAGACUGCUAAUGCUGGGGGUACAAGGCCGACGGUACAAGAACGACAACAAUCAGCUGGAAUAAUGCCGAUGCCUAUAACAUCGGCAUCGACACAUGGACAGUCGGAUUUACUUCGACAGCAAUUAAGGGGUGAACUUCCUUUACCGUCGUCAGCAAUGUCUUCUUCAACUUCGAAUGGAUUUUCUAAUAGAAGAUCAGAUAAUACUUAUAAUUAUGCACUUUAUAAUAAUGAAACGCGUUUACCACAACAAUUUAUUGAAAAAGAUUUUAAUUCCAAUUCGAUGUAUAUGAAAUCAAUUCAAAGAGAAACAGAAUCAUUGAGAGAUAUUGUUUAUCAACAACAACGGGACAUGCAUACAUUAAAUAUGUUAUUAGACGAUGAACGAACUAAAAAUAUUAAUCUUUAUGAUCGAUUGAGUUAUUUAGAAAAAAAGAUACAAAUGAUUGAAUUAAAUACUCAAAUUCCUAUUCAACGUCGUACAGUAUCUUCUUCUUCUUCUUCAGCUGCAUCUUCUUAUGGUGGUAGGCCAUUUGGUUAUAAUAAUGGAUAUCCACCAAGUAGUCAAGAUACAGAUAAUAACAAUAUUAAUGCUAGCAGGAUAUACAGUAAUACUAAUUCUAAUGAAAGAGCUCAUCAAUAUAGAAAUCAAGAAUUUAUAUCGUCUCCAACAACAAAUCAUCCGUUUUCAAUUGUUGACGAUAAGACUACGAAUCUUCUAUUCUCUAGAAAAACUACUCAAUGA